AUGACAGUAGAAUUAUUCAGGGAUUGGAGGAUACUGAUAUUGAUGCCCACCUUUUUUGUUCCCGAGAUGUUCCUGCCGUUCCAGUCGUCCAUGAAUGCCUACGCGUUCAAUCUGCGCACCAGAACACUCAACAGUCUUCUUAAUAAUCUCAUUCAAAUUCCCAUCACCUUGUUUAUGGGCCUUCUACUCGAUUCUUCAAGGAUCAAGAGCCGCAAGAAGCGCACUCUCCUUGGAAUUACCUUCGAGGCUAUUUGGAUUACGGCCGCAUACAUUGCGCAGAGCAUCUGGCUCGCCAGCUGGAGCUUUGACUGA